AUGACUUUCUUAUAUCUUAGUGUGCGCUAUGCUGCAAUGCCAUAUAUUGUGAUCUUCAUGCUGAUAACUCUUCCAACAAUUUCAGUGGCAGAUGCAGUGAGGGUAAGUGAUAUUCUCAACCAGUUUGCUUACUAUAAUGACUGCAACAGAUGGCUUUCAGGCAAUAUUCUUUUCCUUGCACUAAAUUGGCUCAAUGUGGUCGUCACCGCCUUGUUGGGAGUCAUCAUGAUCGCUCGGUUACAUGCUAUGUAUCAGCAAUCCAGAAAUAUACUUGUCUUUCUUGUUGUGAUGUUCCUGGGUAUCACGAUCGCCUGCGUUGGGAUUACUGCAACAGCAACGAGCCAUAUCAUAGGGGAGGAGUUCAUUCUCUCCGGCACCUGUCAAUGCAAUUAUAACUAUGAGGGAGACGCCCAACUCCUCAAUUCCAUGACUUGGAUACUUUGCACUCUAUGGGAGGUCCUCUCACUGUGUCUUGCAGUCUGGAUUGCUGUAAAACGCUUUCGUGAACUGCGACGACGACCACGCGGGGAAUGGACUUUCGGCGACUGUUUGAUGGUGGUAAUAAAAACCCACGUGGUUUACUUUGCAAGCUUUGCUGUUGGUUCUUGCUUCGCCCUUGGUUUUUUGUCCCCAACGCUCACGCUAUUUUUUGUCUCCUGUGCUGCAGUGAUAUACGAUUGGGCACUCGCAUUCGGACAAGAGUUUGAACUAGUCUGGGUGAGCAGAGUUCCAUAUUUGAAUAACAACAUCCAACCCAAGCCCGGGGCAGCGGAAACGCUGGACCCUCGCAACUCUUCUAUAUCUCGGUGUGCGCUACCUUGGAAUAUCGUACACCGUCAUUUUCAUGCUGCAAAGUCUUCCAACAGUCUCGGUGACAGAUUUAGGGUGAGUAAGAUUUCCGACUUGUUGGUUCAAUAUAAUGAUAUCGAUAGCUGCAACAUCAUGUACUCUGCACUAACCUGGAUGACUGUGGUUGUGAACGCAAUGCUGGGAGUCGUCAUCAUAACUCGGUUGCAUGUAAUGUAUCAGCAAUCCAGAAAGAUGCUUGUCUUUCUCGUUUCAAUCUUCCUGGCUGUCACGAUUGCCUGCGGAGUGAUUGCCGUAAUAGGAAGCAAAAAUACUUUAGGCGAACAGCUCAUCCUUUCUGGCACUUACCAGUGCACUUAUGACUAUGAGGGAGACACCGGACUUCUGGAUUCUAUGGCUUGGCUGCUCUACACCGUAUGGGAGGUCCUCGCGCUGUGUCUUGCGGUCUGGAUUGUUAUUAAACAUUUUCGUGCCCUGCGUCGCCCAUUGGCUGGAUGGUCCAUAGGGGACUGUUUCACGGUGUUGAUAAAAGCUCACGUGGUUUACUUCGCCAGCUUUGUUGCUGUUUCCUGCUUCCAACUCGGUUUUCUCUCACCAGGGAUCCUGGACUCAUCUUCAGUAGGAGCUGAUGUCUAUGCUGGACUACUUGAAUUUGCGUCGAUCGCACAAAUGUUUGUGCUGGGACCACGCCUCAUCCUCAGCAUUCGAGAGUAUGAUGCUAAGCUCGUAGCCGACUCCGAUACGGGAAUCGACAUGCCUCCAAUGGUUUUCCAGGAGGGCAGUGAUGUGUCAAGUGGGGACGAUGUGUAG